CAAAGAGACCCGUAGAGUAGAUCUAUGUAGACCAAGACGGUAGGAUUCCCUAAAGAUAUUGCCAUGGAUCGCGCACCGUCGGCUUUCUUCACUUUCGCUGCUCUGUUGUUCGCUCUAUAUGGAUAUCCUCUGAAAGCUUUGCGCUUCGCUUUUCCAUUUAUCGGCCCUUUAAGGCAUCAUGCGUCCAUGUGUGCGAGAGAGGAUAUCAUUAUUUUUUUGGGGUUUUUGACUCUUGUCUUCAGCUAAAUCUUCCGUCAGACUGAGCACACUAUUGCUGCUGUGCUUCAGGUCACGCAUGGCUCUUGCUUAGACUUGGGAGUGCACCAAGAGGCGAGACUCCCGACGAAUUCCAAC